UUUCUGGUACUAUGCCCUCCAAUAUUGGUGAUUAUCAGAAUUUGUCUCAACUGUAAGUUAUACCAUCAGCUUCCAUGCGUUUCAACCUAAAAGUUUGGCAGUUGAUAAUCAGGGAUUUGAGCUUUAACAAUUUAACUGGACCAAUUCCAGAUUCUCUCUUCAAUUCGAGCUCUCUCUUAUACUUGUUUCUUGGGAAUAAUAAAUUGAAUGGAACUCCUCCCGCGCUAAAGAGUCCUUCUCUUCUGCAUAUAGAUGUGUCAUACAAUCAAUUAUCGCCGGCAAUUCCAUCUUGGGCGAACAACAGUGUUAUGGCUACAGGAUUUGACUGUAUUCUAGAGAAUCUUCCCUGCCUUGGAGAUAUUCACAGUUCUCCUAAGUAUUCUGACUUUGCGAUUAAUUGUGGUGGUCCAGAGAUAACAUCUAGUAGUCAGAUUGUAUAUGAGCGGGAUAGCGAGACUCUUGGUCCAGCUACUUAUUACGAGGCUAGUACAAAAAGGUGGGCAGUUAGUAAUGUCGGGCACUUCAACGAGCUAAACGAUCCCCAGUAUACGAGUUUCUCUUCAAUUCAGUUCAAUACUUUGGAUUCGGAGCUGUUACAGACAGCACGAAUAUCACCAGGAUCACUAAGAUAUUUUGGACUGGGACUUGAGAAUGGUAAUUACAAUGUGACUCUCGAGUUUGCAGAGACAGCAUUCUUAGAUCCCCCAUCUUGGAAAAGUCAUGGAAGGCGUGUUUUUGAUAUAUACAUCCAGGUCAGUGCCGCAUUAUCACAAUUGGUUUUUUUUUCUUUUUGAUAGUCCUAAUCUUUUUUUGAAAGAAAAAAUAACUACAAAGAAC